CAACGAUUGUUUCACAACUCAACUUGCUGCUACAAACGCGUUUUUUUUUGUUGUACAAAUCUAAAAUACACGAAUAGAAUUAGUUUCGAGCUCAUUGUUACCGCCUCUAUACGUUUUAGAUAGUUUUAAUACAAAUUUCCUGUGAAAAAUUGAAAGUUAAUCAUAGACCUCGCCACUCCACGGGCGUGAGCGUGACGACGACGGGAGAGUAAAAAAAAAACCGAAGUGGUAACGAGAAAAUCGGAAGAAAAAAAAGCAUAAAACCAAAUACCAAUAGAACGCGUACACAUACAUGCAACAAAAGUCAGCAAGUCGAGUUUAAAAGAGCUGCGAAAAUUUCGCAAAGUGCAACCACAGGAAAAAAACUAGCAACAGGAGCAAAGGCGGCAUCAUUCACAAAUCGAUCGCAAAAACCGAGCAUAACACACAGCCAUGUAUGCCGGAGCAUAUGCACCAAACGCUGGCGGCGUACAGCAGCACACAGGAGGCGGCUACUACGGCAACGGGGCCGUGGCCGGAGCUGGCGGCGGCACUGGUCAGCGUCGCGACCGCAUUUGCUAUCCACGCAACAACUUUCCCGGCGCUGGCAGCGGUGCAGCAUCAUUGAACGGAGCCGCUGGCGCGGCUGGCAGCAUGCACUUUAGCCAGCACUACGGCGUGAUGGCCUACGGCAUACAGAGCGGCAUCAGCAUGGGUGGCGGUGCCGCCGGUACCGGAGGCAAUCCGUAUCGCGGCGCCAACACCGUACAGAAUGGCGGUGCCUUUGGCAAUGGAGUAGCUGGCGGCGGUGCCGGCUACCAAGGCGGACUGCACGGAAAGAGUCCCAACUACACACAGCGCUACCAGAAGCCGCACAACGGAGGCCUUGGCAACGGCGGUGGCGGCUAUCAGGCCGGCGGCUACAAUGCCGCUGCCCUGGGCAUGCUGUCCAAAGAGGAGCGUGCCGAAAUUCAGCGCGAGAAGGCCAAGAAUCCGGGCCGCAACCUGGUCAAGCCCAAGUGGGAGCAGCUGCAGCCGUUCCCCAAGAACUUUUACGUCAUCCACCCGAAUACGCUGAACAUGUCGGAGCAGGCCGUAGCCGAGCUGCGCCGCGAGCUGGAGAUCACUGUCUCUGGCAACGAGCUGCCCCACCCGGUAGCCAAUUUCGAGGAGUGCUCGCUGCCCUCGCACGUCAUCGAUGAGAUGAAGCGUCAGGGCUUCACCAAGCCCACGGCCAUCCAGUCCCAGGGCUGGCCCAUCGCCCUCAGCGGCCGCGAUCUGGUGGGCAUUGCCCAGACCGGCUCCGGCAAGACGCUGGCCUACAUGCUGCCGGCCAUUGUGCACAUUGGCAACCAGCCGCCGAUACUGCGCGGCGAGGGACCCAUCGCCCUGGUGCUGGCACCCACACGGGAGCUGGCCCAGCAGAUUCAGUCGGUGGUGCGCGACUACGGCCAUCUGUGCAAGCCGGAGAUCCGUCACACUUGCAUCUUUGGUGGCUCCUCGAAGGUGCCGCAGGCGCGCGACCUGGAGCGCGGCGUCGAAGUUAUUAUUGCCACGCCGGGCCGGCUGAUCGACUUCCUGGAGAACCGGAACACCAAUCUGGCCCGCUGCACCUACCUGGUGCUGGACGAGGCCGAUCGCAUGCUCGACAUGGGCUUCGAGCCGCAGAUACGCAAGAUCAUCGAACAGAUCCGCCCCGAUCGACAGGUGGUCAUGUGGUCUGCCACCUGGCCCAAGGAGGUGCAGGCCCUGGCCGGAGAUUUCCUCAACGACUACAUCCAGAUCAACAUUGGAUCGAUGAAUCUGUCGGCCAACCACAACAUUCGCCAGAUCGUCGAGAUAUGCACAGAGAUGGAGAAGCCGCAGCGCAUGGUGCGACUGCUCAAGGAGAUCGCUCCGACCACCAACAAUUCCUCCAACAGUGGCAACAAAAUCAUCAUAUUCGUGGAGACCAAGAUCAAGGUGGAGGACAUCUUGCAGAUCAUCCGCACGGAGGGCUACACCGCCACCUCGAUCCAUGGGGACAAGACACAGAACGAGCGCGAUUCGGUGCUGAAGGAUUUCCGCAACGGCAAGUCAAACAUAUUGAUUGCCACUGAUGUGGCAUCGCGCGGCCUCGAUGUCGAGGACUUGCAGUAUGUCAUCAAUUAUGAUUAUCCAAAUUCAUCGGAGAAUUAUGUUCAUCGCAUUGGGCGUACCGGUCGCUGCCAGCAGCUGGGCACCGCCUAUACCUUUUUCACGCCCGACAAUGCCAAGCAGGCGCGUGAGCUCAUCUCUGUGCUGGAGGAGGCGGGACAGACGCCAUCGCAGGCGCUGCUCGAUCUCGCUCGCUCGAUGCCCAGCUCGGGCAAUUAUCGCGGCAAUAAGCGCUGGAACAGCACCGGCAACAGCUCUGGCGGCGGCGGCGGCGGUGCCAGCUACAACAACGGUGUCUAUCAGCAGCGUGGAAAUCCGCUCAACUAUCAGGCCGGCGGUGGGUACAACAAUAAUCGGGCUGGUGCCGCAACCGGUGGCUAUCAGCAGUAUGCCGCUGGCGGCAACGGUUACCAGCAGAAUGGCAUCAGUGGCGGCAACUGGAAUCGCAUGAACCAGCUGGGACAGGAUGGCGGCAAUCGCAACGGCAGCACCUACCGCCCGCGCGCGCCCUUCAACAAUGGUGGGCCGCGUGCCAUUAUGGGACAUCAGGGCGGUGGCGCUGGUGGUGCCGGAGGUGGCAGCCCACAGCCGCAUUUGGGCCAGCAGGGCGGACCCUUCAUACAGCAGGCGUAUCGCAAUCGCGGCCAGUUUGUGCCGCAAAAUGCUGCCACCGGAGGCAUGCCGCCGCGCUUUCAGCAGUUCCCCAAGCGCGACUACCAGCAGCAGGGUGUGCCCCAGCAGCUCUAUCAGCCGCAGCAGCAGCAACAGCAGCAGCAAAAGUCCUCGAAGGAUGAGAAAUAUGCACAGCAGCCGGCGACUGUGGCCACUGCUUCCAUGGUGCAGUAUACGCCCACCAAUUCGCCGCCGAUUGCAACAGUGACAGCAGCCGCAGCUGCUGUGGCUGGACGUGCCACCGUGUCCGCUGGCCCGGGUACUGCUUACAUGUACGACGCCAAUGGUGUGCUGACCACCGCAGCUGCUCCGGGCACCAAUCCGUAUGCCAAUCAGUUCAGCAUGCCGGCCACCUACUAUACGGCCCAGCAUCAUCAGUUUACGGCGACCGUGGCCGGUCCGGGACCGGGUCCGGCGGCUACCAUCGAGCAGACGGGCCAGCAUUAGGGCCACUGCAGCCCAUUCACACAACAGCCGUAAGAAUGACACUAAGAACAACAACACCAAUAACAAAUAGCAGCAGCAAAACUAACAACAACAACACAACGGACACAACGGCAACAAUUACUGAAGGAAAGGAAAGGGAAAAGAAAAAGAAAAAGAAAACUGCAGGACGAGCACUCGCUUAUCGCCGCAACUUCACCCACACACACCACACACAUUACACUCGAAACACUCGACAGAUGCGAACGUUCGAUCGGACAUUUUGGUUAUAUCUUUCAUUCUUAGUUCACUCGACAACCAAUGCAAGUUCAAUGUUGGCAAACAGUUAUCAUAAAAGAUCAGGCAAAAACAAGCAUACAUAAUCGUACAUGUGACCACAAAUUGUAUGGCAUGGUGACAAUAGUGACAGGAGCCGCUGCUGCAGCCGGACAACAACAAGACAACGUGGCGAUUACCAACAGUAGCAGCAGCAGCAGCAGUCCAGCAAUUGGAGCAGCACAUUAUCAUCGCCAUCCUUCACCUCGCAUGAUGAGGUAACGAAUCAAAAAAAGAUACAAAUGCAAGAGUGACAGAACGUUGAUAAAUAUUAGUUAUAGUUACCCCCCCACUCCCCACCACACUCGCAAUGUUCUUUGAAAGCUUUGAGAUGUUCGUUUAAGUAGGUUUUAUACUUUUCGGAACGCAUAGCAGACGCGAAUCUAAAAUGAAAUCAAAAUUUAGUCUCUUCUUUAUUAAAUGUGUAAAGCAAAAUUGAAAGUACACAACACACACACCCAGACAAAUACACAAACACACACAUACAACCCGUUAUGCCGUUAAUUACGAGAGUGAUGAACAUGCAUUUUUUUUUUUAACAAUUUUUUUCAUAUUAAUGUUUGGAAGGAAACCGACUUGGUUGGUCACGAAAAUUAACAAUUUUGCAUGCCACACACAAAAAUAUGCAACAAAAACCAACAACAAACACAAAAAUUACAACAAAAUGAAAACUGAGCGAACAAUUCGAAAAAAAAUAAUGCAAGUUAGUUAGAGACAUUUAUUGGCCAACACAAAAAAAAAACAUCAUAAAUGAAUAAAAGUAACAAUAAAAUGAAUAAAAAGCCAAAAGAAAAUAGAAUCCGAAACGAAUUUUGGCAAAAGUUGAGAACAGGCAGGCGCUGCUUUGGUAAAAAAAAGUAUGUAGAAGAACCAAACAAAAAAUAAUAAUAACAAAACACACACGUUCACACAAGCACACAUACAUGUACACACAGACGCACGCAUAUUACGGUUAUCAUUUCGUUUCCGUUUUUAUAGGGCAUAAAAUAUGAAGAAGAAAAGAGAAGAAAAAAAAUCCAUAUGCCAAUGCUGCCGAUUCAAGCUUGAUUUAAUGAAGAUUGCAAAACACACACACAACAACAACAAAAAUACUCGUUUUUGUAACGAAUUCGAUUGCCGAACCCAAACCAAUCCCCAAUCCCCCACCCCAAGUAAUCCCCACACAACAUUCGCCCCUAAAUUAAUGAAGUUUUUUCAAAAGUUCUAUGCAAAUACUUGACAAAAGCCAAACAAAAAUGGUAAAACAAACGACUUAAAAGCAAGAAGAAAUUCAAAUACAAAUUUCAAUUUCAACUAUUCCAAGUUCCAACGAGUCAAAGAACAGGAACAACAAACAAAAAAAAGAAAAGACUGCCACAUUCAUCCAUAAAAACAGGAAAAGCGAAAACGAUGCAAACAAACACAAAAUGUAUUCGAUGCAGAGAGGAGAUGUUGUGGGAGAAUCGAAUGAAUAUAUAUUGAUAAUGAUAAUACAGUUACAGCCAACAUAAUGCAUAUUUCCAGAUUAUUCCAAUUGAAUGGUUUUCUGCCUUUUAAUCGAGAUUUGUAUUUGUUUCGAUAUAAAUUUAUAAUUUUCAAUUUUCAAUUUUGAUUUCGGUUUUCGCGUUCAAAUUUGCUCAUUUGUUUUUUCUUUUUCUUUCCCGAUUUUGAUAAUAACGCAAAAGAUCGAGUUCGAGUUCGAGUUGGAGUUUCGUUGAAGUAGUAGUAAGAGGCGCGAUAGCUCCAGUAAGACAUAAGAGUUAGCAACGAUAUCAGGUACAUACUUAUGUAUACAUACCACCAGAGUGGGCCUUCAGCAGUUGUCGUCUGUCCAGUAGAAUUGCUGGCCUCCCGAUCAUCAUCAUCAGCAGAAGCAGCAGCAGCAGCAGCAUCCACCAUUUAACCUACCAUCUACCCACAAAUCAGUACAAAAGAUGACGGAAACAUCAUUUCUUUUAUUCAUUUAGCCGUAGGAAAAGAACAGAAACAAGGGAUUAUACAACAACAAACACAAACAA